AUGUUUACGCGCUUGGACCUUGCUCAGCUUUCUCAUUAUAGUCAGCAAUGGACUUGGCAGCGCGAAAAGGGUUAUGGUCGCUUACUCCUUGCAGAAACACAAGGGGUGAGUUGCAAUGGUCAUGCCGGCCACAAGAAAUGCCCACAUACGCUGAAAGUCGGCACAGUGAGCUACUUUGUUAAAUUCCAGACGCAACGAUGCGAGGAUCAAUGUCAUCCCAAAGAGGGCAAGGCAGAACGCACUCACGGAGGUCUCGCUCCAGAUCAUCCACUACUCCGAGAUGCUCAGGCGACUCUGAAGGAGCAUCUGAAGAAGCGUCUAGCAAGCUUGGAUGAGCAGCUUUUCGAUAGCCAAAUCAAAGCUGAAAAGAUUGACACAGAGCAAGGCGAGCUGGGGGUAGAGCUCUUUGAGGCCCAGCAGCGCCUCCAAACAUUUCAAAACAAGAUACGGAGGCUUUCCGAACAAGAGGAAGCAGCCCAAAAAAAAAGAGCAGCCAGCGAACAAGAGAUGCAGAAGCUCGCCAAAGAGCUGCGUGCGGAAGAGGCAGAAGUCUCCGCGACAAGAGAUCUACUUUUGAAGACGCGUGCUGAAGUCAAUGAAAUCAAAUUUGCUUUGCAAAAGGCGCAGGAACACACCAUUAGCCUUGAAAACUCCAUAAAGCUUAAACGUCGAGAGCUUUACAAGGACAGUGAAACCUUGCGAAAAGACGAACUACAAAAGAUGCGCCAAGACUUCUUUCUUGAUCGGCUCCAUGGGCAGCUGCAGGAAAUGUCGGAACAGAAGGACUCGAUAGUGGCACAAAUAAAAGCGCAUGAGGCUGAUCAUGAGGUCUCAAAAACAGCAAUUCGAGAGGCGCAACAUGAGAUAGACGAAAUUAUGAAAGGCAAGCGCGAGCUGCGUACACAGCUCCAAGCGUGCAUGCAAGGUAUUGAAAUGCGUUCGCGGGCAGAAGCUACAAUAAAGAAGGCCAUAGAAACUCAGGAAGAAAAGGCAACUACACUUCAGGGCCACAUCCGCGAGCUCGAAAAAACCAAGGCUUUGCUGCAGGGAUGUGAGGAGCGUGAGGCAGAGCUUGUUAAAGUCGAAUUCGAGACCGCUCAGUUGCAGGUAGAGAGCGCUGGCGUUAGAGCGGCGAUAGCGGCCGCGGAGGAAGAAAUGGCCGGUAUAGACCAGGAUAUCAAGGAAAAAGAAAAUUUUUUGGAUCAAUAUCAAGCAGAAAUACGAAAGGGCCACAUUCUGAUUAGCAGGAAACAACAGCUUGUCGACCAGUUGAACAGGGAAUACGAUGCCAAGAAAAGUGCGAAUGGGGAGGAAUCCUCUGGAGUUUUGGAUGCAACGAUUCGAGGGUUGAAGAGCCAAUCGGCACAGAACGCCCAGAACAUAGCGGAGCUGCAGCAAGUAUGGAUCAAGAAGCAGACCGACCUGAUAAAUCUACAGGCCAAAAUAGGGGGGAAAAGGGAGGAAGUGGCCGCAAAGAAGGACGAGGUGGCGAUUCGCAAGCAGAGGAAUGUCCGGAUUAGCGGCGAAGUGGAAGCAACGAAGAGAGAGAUCAAGACGCUUACAUCCGAGCUGAAAGAGAUGCAGCAUCUGGUGGAUCGAAUGAGCAGGCAAAUGGUUGCGUUUAAAGACGGACAGGCAAAGUUCGAAAACGAGGCAGCCGCAGUGGCGGGAGAAGCGGCGCUCCAGCUAGAGCAGAAGAAUACCCAAAAAGAGGAGUUGCGUUUGAGCGUAAAGAAAACAGAAGAAGAGCGUGAUACGUGCCUUGAAGAAAUUCUCAGCUUGGAAAGCCAAGUGAUGCUGUGGGAGAGAAAGAUUACCCUAGAAAAGGAAAUGCAGAUGGCCAUUGAUCCGUCCAUUGGACAGAGCGAGUUAACUGCCAUGAAAAAAGAAAUUCAUCGAAUGGAAUUGCGGGAAAUACAACUUAAAAACACCCAAGACCAUUUAGUGAAUGAACUGAAACGGAUGCUGGAUAAACGGGACUAUAUUCAUGUGCGCAACGAACCCCGCUCACGUGAAGUCAAUGAGGCGCAUCAGAAAACGGUACUCCAACGGAAGCUUGCGGCCCUUGAUACAAGGCUUAAAGAGGCAGAAGUGCGCCUGAUGUUUGAAAAAGCCUGCCUCGUGCAAAUGCAACGCACUUUGAAGGACAUCGCAAAACUUUCAGACGAGGACCUCAAGAUUCGGCUGAAGCCAUCGAUAGAACUGGCCAUCUACAAUGUACAGAGAGAGGCGGCGAGCGUUGCAGCGGCUCUUGCCGAGGCGGAGCAGAUAUCACCGGCACUGCAGCCGACAAUGAGCGCUUUCCGGGCAUGGGCAUUGCACCUUGCAAACGCAAGCACACUGUACAGGCUCCAUCCCUCGGCUUUGCGGUACUCCGCAGAGUGA